AUGGAUAAAUUUUUAUUUGGAAAACAAUCUACUCCGGCAGAAGAUGAUGAACCUUGCACAAGCAGUAUUGCUAAGAAAAGAAAGAUUGUGAAUAGAAAAUACUCCGAAGACUACAUUCGUUAUGGCUUUUAUUGGUGCGGCGAUGAAGCGGCUCCGAAACCAUUAUGUGUAAUAUGCAACGAACAAUUAACAAACGACUCAAUGGUGCCCAGUAAACUAAAUCGCCAUCUAACUUCAAAACAUCCGAAUUGUGCUAAAAAGGAUAUAUCAUAUUUUCAAAGGCUUUUGGCUCAAAAUUUAAAACAAAAAAAAUUUAUGAUGUCGACCGUAUCUGUUUCCGAUAAAGCAUCAGAAGCUAGCUAUUACAUUGCAAAAUUAAUAGCUCGUGAAAAGAAACCUCAUACUAUUGGAGAAAAACUUAUUAAACCAGCAUGUAUGGAAAUUGUGCGAGUUAUGCUUGGACCUAAAGAGGUUCAGGAAGUGAGUAAGGUUUCACUGUCAGCUGAAACUAUUAAAAGACGUAUUGGCGACAUGUCAACAGAUAUUUUGAACACGCUUGUUAUCAGAUAUAAACUUUGCAGGUAA